AUGUCUGGCGUUCUCGGCCCAGCCUCCAUGCCGAGCACAUCUGCUGCUUCAUUCGCUAACAACAUCAAUAAUACCAUUUCCGCCACUUCCGUCACCUCGUUACUCCCUUCGCCUCGCGAUCUAUUCACUCUUCCCUUUCGCGCCCUCAACCAAGCAGAGACCUUUGCCUUUAGCACGGUUCCCCGACAUAUCGCGCGACUAACGGGACUAAAUGAUAUCAGCUUGAGUUUCUGGGGUGGAGAGGCCUCUGCGAUCGGAGAUACUGGUUUAAGAGGCGACGCUAUGGCGGCGGCUGCUGCGAAUACGGCGGGCGAAGGGGUUGCCCAGGCUGUUGGGUACGGUGAUAACUGGUACGUUGCGGAGUUGAUGCAGACAAUGCGAAAAGUCGGUGGAUUCUUCGGAUACUUGACCAGUAUAUGGUCCUUUGCAUGCCUAGUGGAGGCCUUGAUUCUAAACCGAAUUACUAUCUACGCAUCCACUCGGAGACACCUCCGCUUAGGCUGGGAGAGACGACUUGCCCUGCGCAUUAUCCCUAUCGUUCUUUUCGUCACCCAAAUCAUGUCCUUGUUGCGGGGCAUUCGAUGCCAAUCCUCUCCGAUCUUCCCUGAAAUGCGGUACGGCAAGCCAGGCAAACCGUUGAUUUUUGAUUAUGCUAGUGGCGGAGGUGUUCUCUAUUCGUUGACAUCGCGCCUAAUGGCUUGGGAGUCCGAUGCGCAGGCCUGUAGUGCUGUGAAGAUGGGACGUGCCUUUGGCAGUUCGGACGUUCCUUACGGGUCAUUCUCUCUGCUAUGGCCAGUCUUUCUGCUGCUCUGCCUCAGCCAUUUUAUUGAAACCCUUUCGUGUGCCCUACAGGGUCGGCCCGUGAUGACCGAGACAGGAAUGUCGAUAUUCGAGCAUUCUCUUGCCUUUGCCGAAGCUGAGUCCAUGAUCGGUAAAUCAAUUGGGCUUGGGCUCUUCGGUCUUGCCAAGCAAAGUCCGUUGGCCGAAGGAUCAUCAGCAGAAGGUUCAGGUUCUGCUCUUCGGCUUCUCACGAGAGCGCAGGUCCUGGAGCGAAUGAACGUCACGCCGGAGCUUCUGCUCAUUGUCUUGAUCUCGUGCUGCAACAGUAUCUCUUCGCACAUUCUAGACAUCUUUGGCAAGCAGAGCCGCUAUCGCCUGUUCAAUACUGCCUUUUGGGGUCUCUGCUUCAUGAUUGCCAUGUGCUGGGGCUUGGAAAGUGGCCCACCUGUGAGCACAGAGACAGGAGUUCUCAAAUUUCCGACCGUCUGCAUUGUCGGUUUCAUUCCCCAUCUCCUCGUCCUCUUCGGGAUUCUCACCUGCCUUGCAAUCUACGGCUUGGCGUUGACCAUUACCGCUUUCUCUUUAUCUAUCGAAGAUGGCCAACCGGUCUCACUUCGGGAACGGUUCGUGCUUGCUCACGAGAAUAUGCAGGGCUCCAAUCAGAUACGAAGCAUUCGGGUGAAUAGACAUGAAGACUUUUAUACAACGUUGCUUCGGGUUGGCUACGUCGCUUUGACGGCUGCCAGCGAAGCGGUAUUCUUGAAUGAAGGCAAAGCAGUCAUUGCCAGACAGAUGACCUGGCUUGAAAGAGACCGAUUGGCCGAGGUUGAAGCCUCCCGAGAGCGGAACUCAUCCUACCGUAACUCACCCAAUCAGUUCGACGGUCCGCCUUUUGAAGCCGUGGGCUUCGGCAGUUUCGAGUUGCCUGAACAAAGCGCAGUGUGGGAGAGUGGUUACAGUCGCGAAAAGAAAUUAGAGAAACCCAAGAAUGGAUCUCGACAAGUGCGACCUCAAGCUGAACUGGGCGGCGUGGGUGCAGUGCGGGCAUCCGUUCGAUUAUAUCAUUGCAUCUCUUUCUUCCAUGCCAUCGGCUUGCUCAUUCUGCGAUGGAUAGCGUACGGAUUCAGCCGUAUUCUUGAUCGGCUUGGAAUAAAUGCUCGACCACUAUGGUUAAAGCGCCUGUCAGGGACGCACAAAGAUAAGGCAGCUCCCAAGAAGUCUACUCCGUCGGGCCCAGUCGACUUUUGGGUCCUUACAGACGAUGGAGAGCUGGAGCUCCCCGAGGACCAUGAGUUCGAUGUCGAGUUGGAAAUGCAGAAGCAAGAGCGAUCAUACCCAGAAAAUUGGGAUGCUGCCGAUGAGCGUCGACUAGAUGAAAAGCUCUAUGCUUGGUGGAAAGCAGGAGGAUCCUGGGGUAACCAGGAUCAUACACCCGAUUAUAGCCCGCCAGUGAAUGACGAUGAUACAACCAGUGUCAUAUCAAUGUCCACAUUUGCAUCAGAGUCGGAGUGGGAAGAUGACCCCUCUGAUGGACGUCGCACACCAACUCAGUCGAACCCAUACCCCCAAUUUUCUCGCGAAACUACUCCUGCCCAGGACCCCUUAAUCGAUAUGAGCACCUUUGCCCGCCUCCUUGACCCUCGCGACCGUGAGAGUAGGGAAGAAGCCCGCAUACUCGCCGCACACCUCAGUCCUAGCCAAAACCCCGACCGGAUUAUGACUCGCAGUCAAUAUAAGCAACAGGUUGAACAGGAUAGAUCCCGUGUUCUCUUAUCCUCCCGCCUGCAUCGUCAUGCAGCCACGACACAACCCGGCAGCGAGAGCCGGAAACCCUCGGCUGAUGAGGAGACCGAGAUGCUUGAGCGGUUGAUUCUCUCACGCCGCUCAGAGAUGUCUUCUAGCUCGGAUCCUAAUACAUGGGAAUCUGGUGCAACAGGCCUGGGUCCAAAUGGACCUCCUUGUGUUGUAUGCCAGACAAACCCACGGUCUAUCAUCACCUGGCCUUGCCGUUGUCUAUGCAUUUGCGAGGACUGUCGUGUUAGCCUCGCCAUGAAUAAUUUCGGCAGCUGCGUGACCUGCAGGCAGGAAGUUGGCGGCUUCAUGCGACUAUGGGUUCCUUGA